AUGAUUUUCAUCAAAGGCGUCACUCGUGCAAAAUUUCUAUCUAUACAAGAGUACGUGGCUUUUAAGAAGCACUACAAGUUAUAUAAAUGGGCCAUUCCCACCCCCACGUCACUGUUGAUGGGACCCACAAUAGGAAAUUUCAUUAGAGUCAUUCAAUUUCUAAAUUCCCCCUUCCCUACCACCUUACUCAACAAACCCCACUUACCAUUCACAGCUAUCCUCCGUUCUUCUAUAUUUAUCUUUCUCCUCUUUUCAUCACCAAAAUCUCCUCCUCCGUCCGCUACCGCCUCCGACUUCUGCCGCCGUACCGCCACUGCUAAUGAGAUGGUGGGACUGAGCGUAAUACUAGAAGCCCAAGAAAAUAUAUCCAAAAAAACUUCAGAAGUUAUUAGCAAAGGAAAAAUGAUUAAACCACUUAAUUCUUCUCCAACUACUCCAGCUCCAAGCGGGUUUUCAAGAAGAAAAACUUUGUCAAGUUCUGAUUUUCUUGACCAUUGCUUUCUCUGCAAACAGAAACUCAUGCCUGGCAAAGACAUCUACAUGUACAAAGGGGACAUAGCUUUUUGCAGUGUGGAGUGCAGGUGGAGGCAAAUAUUCAUGGAUGAAGAAGAAACUGUAAAGAAGAGUAGAAGAGACAACUGUUCAGUAGCUUCUCUGAAGCCCCGGGUGUCCUCGUCAUCCUCCUCAUCGUCAUCUUCUUCUUCGACAACGAAUCGAAGUGGCAAAGGGCCUAGAAAUGGAGAAAAUGCCAUUGCAUAUUGAAGUUAUUUUUCCGCAUUUGCGCUUGCUACAUUUUGGCUAUGACUAUGAUAUCAUACCUUUUGGGUUUGGUUCUUGCUCCCUAUAAUGAAACCAAAGAGGUUUUGUUGUUUAUUUCAGAUCCCAUGGGAUUUGGUUUCCCAUUAUCAAGAAUCCAUUGUUUUUGGACCCCAAAAUACAGGCGGACAAAAUGGGGAAUCUAUGACUUUCUCUAGUUUUAUUUUUAUUUUUAGACAACUUUUAAUGUUAUUUGGUAAGUCUGGUUUUGAGAAUUUGAAACUGUUACAGUUUGUUGGGUUAUUUGUGUGAUUAUGAAUAUGGUUAGUAUGUUUGCAUUUUAGUGAUAAUUUAUUGGAGGUUAAUGUCAAA